AUGGAUAUUGACUGUGUUUGUUUUUUUUUAGUACGUUUUAAUUUCCCAGUUUCAUCUUUCUUUAAAAAUGAAAUUAUGGUGCCUUUUCUCCCUCCAGGAAGAUUGGCAAAUAGUUCUUUUAUUUACUGCUGCUGUGGAGUGAUGCGAUAUGCACUUUACUCUAGAAGAUUCAGCAAAAAACUUUUCACUUCCCAGUAUAUCCAGAAUAGAUCACAUUUGGGACUUAAGAAAAUUUGCCAAGCAAUCUUUUUUAUAGUUAUAGUUAUUAUGUUAACUCCACAGUUCAAUGUUAUAAGUCAAGCUAGUGUUUAUCACCCCAGCCCCCAAAGAAAUCUGUGGCACAACAUAUAA